UCUGAAUCAACAUGUGAGAAGGGGUGGAGUCUUCACCAGUCCAAUUGCUAUAAGAAGAUGGUGACCCCCAACGGUUGGCUGGGGGCUCGGUACGACUGCGUCUGGGAGGGAGGCGACCUGGUCUCCAUCGCCUCAUCGGACGAGGAAGCCUUUGUGAAGAAGCAAAUGGGCAAGAACCCCUACUGGAUCGGACUCUCCAAUCUGAAAUGCAACGAGUUCUGGUGUCGGCAUGACGCGGAGGAACAGAAGAUGACUUGGUCCGAUGCCCGUGUAACGGGGACCUACUCCAACUGGGAUUCACGUCACGUUACAAGCUCCAACGUAGACUCCUGCGUGUAUGUCAACCAAGGCGCGUGGAUCACGAGUCAGCCAGGAAAGUGGCGACACGGCUCGUGCGGAUCCUCGUUGGCAUUCAUGUGCAAGCGCCCACUGGACGGCUGCCCGAAGUGUUCCUUCAAAGACUUCGGUUACGAUCGAGUGGAGACUUCCUCCUGCAACCCUGGCGACUUCCUGCACAACAACUCUUGCUAUCAUUUUGAGUGGACACGUAGGAAUUGGCAGUUGGCUGAGGAGUUUUGCAGAGAACAGCAUGGUCACUUAGCCAGUGUCCACUCAGAGGACGAAAAGAAUUUCUUGGCUGCUCACGUGCGAGAUGAUAGAGGAUAUUGGCCUUUCGUGGGACUUACGAAGAACCAAGACAACAAAUUUUCCUGGAGCGACGCGACGUCUGCAGACAACAUCACGCUGGAGGGAGAACAGUCUACAGAACGUGGUGACUGCGUUGCUCUGUCAGCUUCUGGACAAUUUCAUGAGUGGUCCUGCACUAAAGAGCAGCCAUCCGUCUGCAAAAAAGCCAAAAUUCGAGAGGCUCUCCUUGAUCUGCCGUCAUCAAAAGGCUGGAGCGAAAAGUGCGGCUGGUGGUUGGACAACCCGUCCAACAACUUCUGUUACCUGAUCAACCUUAAGUCCCGCAAGACCUGGCAGGAGGCGCGAGACGACUGCGUCGGCCUCGGAGGCGACCUGCUCAGCAUCACCCACCCAAAUGAACAGAAGUUCUUACAAGAUCUGUCCCACCUUCUUCAAAAUAAUUCUUUUUGGUGGUUGGCCACCAAAACCACGAGCACUCAAGACGGAUGCAAAUGGACUGACGGGUCUCCUUUUCGUUACACCCACUGGACCACAGAGAGCCCUAGUAAACCCUCUGGUGCAAACUGCCUUUCCUUUCACACUAAAAGUGGAAAAUGGGAAUUUGACAACUGCCAGAAGAACAACAGCUACAUGUGCAAGAAAAGAGCAAGAGGACAGAAACCGGAACCACCACACCAUAACGGUUUUCGGGAGAUCCUUGUCUGCAACCACCAGCAGCAGCACACCGAACUCUUUUGUCAGAGUGAGAGUCAAAGCGUCAUCCGCAUCCAGUCAGCCUUCUACGGAUGGAGGAAUGGCAGCAUUUGUCCAACGAAGAGCGAAUCAAAUGAGACUUGCGUGGUGCAAGGAGCCCUCCUUCACUACAGGCAAAAAUGUGACAACCGUCAAUAUUGUCUUGCUGACCCUUUCAAGGGCGUCCGGGAGACCUGCCCUGCUGUCUCCAAAUACCUGCACAUGGUCUACAGCUGUGAACGGAAAGUGUGUCUUGACAGUUUGAUCAAGGCGGACAAGCGCAUUGCCAACUCAGCGUUUGAAGCCUCCUCCUUUAUGAGCGACGCCAGCCCCGAGAAAGCUCACUUGAGUAGCCAUUCCUGUUGGAGACCGUCACAAGAUCCCUCCACCAGCUGGAUUCAGGUGAACCUGGGUCAGGUGAGAAAGGUGACUGGGAUCGUCACCCAGGGCUGUCCUCACGUUGACCCAAGGUCCUGCGUCAUCGACUUUGAGAUGAAGACGAGUGUUGAUGGCAAAAGUUGGACUGAACACCCGAACGGAAUAUUUACCGGAGGGGGGGAGCACCGGUUCGGCUCGCCAUUGUCCACUCAGUACGUCCGCAUCCUGCCGCUGGAGGACAGCGUUGACUUCGGCCUCAGCUUUGACCUCUUGGGAUGCGCACGUGAUGAUGCAAUGACCUGUGACACCACGUUCAAAAGCCUCCACUUGACCAAGGCAAUGACGUUCCACUGCCCACCCAAGUGUGCCAACUCCCAACACAAUGUCACAGGAACCUUGGUCUACAAUGAGGACUCAAGCAUCUGCGCGGCCGCUAUUCACGCCGGCGUCCUUUGUAACGACAUUGGAGGAGACUGUAUUGUGAUGACAGCCGUGGUGAAGAACGGUUUUGCUGGCUCCACCCACAACGGGAUCAGCUCCCUCCAGAGUGCCAACUCGACGGACCAGGCCUUCACAUUUGCAGACGGAGAGCCGAGAUGCUCGGGACAGUCCUGGGAGGAGUUUGCAGGCUUCUGCUACAAAGCUUUUGAGGACAAGAAGGAGUGGGCUGAUGCUCAAGCUGUCUGUAAUAAAUUGGGUGCCAAUCUGGUGUCCAUCCUUUCCGAGGUGGAGGAGACGUGGGUGAAAAAGGCCUCCAACCUCAACACCAGCGACAUGUGGACCGGACUGAAUGACCAGAGUGUACUAGGCAUGUUUGAGUGGUCAGACCUCCACGAGGUGACCUUCACCGACUGGGCCCCAGAAGAACCCAAACACCUUAAGAAGGACUGCGUGGCGAUGUCGCAAAAGACUGGAAAAUGGAAGCAGAUGAGCUGCAAGCUACCUAACAGCUUCAUGUGCAAGAUGCCCAAAGCGCAUUAUGCAAUCACCUCAGUGAAGACAGAGGAGAGCCAUUCUGGUCACCGCAUACUCUUGCACAGAAGCAAGCUCACCAUGUCAGGGAAAAGAUAUGGUGGAUUGAUAGUCGAGCUGAAGGGAGGUCUUCGUGUGAACAACGUUAUCACCAUUACAGGACGGGCAAAUAAACUGGCAGAUUGGUUUAAAAUCAGCCUGUUUGUGGCUGACAACAACGACGACGACGACGACACCACCGACAACGUGGUUGCGCUGCUCCUCAAGUUGAACUUUGUAACCAAGAAGAUUCGGCUGUACUCCAGAGUGAACACAACUUGGAACAAAGGAGAGGAGCAUCCUACACAAAGCUCUGGACCCGCACAAGAAGUCAAGGUUGUCAUCGAGUGCGCCGACGAUCAUUUCCAGAUCACAAUCAACGGGCUCGACGAGGUGACUUACAAAUACAGCGUGGCCAAUCUGCAAAGCAUCACGCAGAUGUUUGUGAGGGGUCACGUGUCCAUCAAGGACAUCAAGCAAAGCUCCAAUAAGACCAGCCUGCGCUAAAAUGUGAGGACGGAUGUCGUCAAAGUGUCUAAAUUGUUUUUGGCACAGCCUUUUCCACCAGCCAUAGAUGGUUUGUAGGAUAAUUGUACAAAAGUAACCACUUUAUAGUUUAAUAUUUAAUCUUAGUCCAAUUGGCUUUUAGAAAAAAGCCAGACUUGCAUGCUUGACUGUUUUGUUGAUUCUUUUUGAUUGCCUUUGUGCAUCCUGACUUUGAGUUUAUUGCAUUGAAAUGUGCAAUAUUUGUAGUUAAGAUAGUUUUCCUAGCCUGAUUAAGAGACCCUUUUGACUGAUUGUAUGAUGAGUAAUAAUAAAAGAAUGCAAUU